AUGGACGUGAAUAAAAAUGAAGAAAAAAACAUGAUGAACUUGGACGGGCUGCAGGUGGAGGCUUCCUCCAAAGAGGAGGCGAUUCGGGUGUGCACCCGUAUAAGACCCCUAUUCGAAAAGGAAAUCAACAGCGGCCACUUGAAAGCGUGGAAAAUGAACAAAACAGACAUGCAGCUAGUAGUCGAGCCGCUCUCUCUGACCGAGAUGCUCAACGCGAGGGUCCAGAAGAAGGGAAACAAAGUGGAGUUCAAGAAAAAUGUGGAAAAGUCCGAGGGGCAAAAGGCCGUCUUGCAGCGGUACUACGCGUUCGACCGGUGCUUCGACGACAACGUUGGCAAUGAAGAGGUGUACAAACACCUAGCGAGAGAUAUCGUUCUGGACACAUUUAAAGGGAUAAACGGGUGUAUCCUGGCUUAUGGGCAGACGGGGUCAGGAAAGACACACAGUGUGAUGGGGGUGCCCACGGACCCAGGGAUGCUGCCAAGAUCGCUGGCGGAAUUCUUCAACGGUAUCGAAAACCCAUCCUCUCUAAAUGAAGAUAAUAGUGACAGUAUCAAUACGGAUGACGAAUCGAAUAACAACACGAAAGAAUUUCUGAUGAGCGUAACUUAUCUGGAAGUGUACAUGGAGAGAGUGAACGAUUUACUACAAGAAGGAUACAGAGGAGGGGCAACUGAAAAUUUGGAUGUGAAGGAAGACCCCAAGAGGGGCUUCGUUGUGGUAGGGGUACAAGAAGAAACAGUAACGUCUAUAGAUGAAGUAAUGCUUCUAGUUGCCAAAGCUGAACAGAGGAGACACAUUUCGCAGACCAAUUUUAACGAAACGUCUUCCAGAUCGCACACCAUUUUUACGGUCAUAUUGGAAUCUAAUCAGGUGCUAAGUGAUGGCACAUCCAUUAACAAAAGGGGGGAAUUAAAGAUAGUAGAUUUGGCGGGAAAUGAAAGGGCAGGAAGAGCAGCUGAAGGGAUAGAGAAUGCAAAAACACUGAUAGAAGAGGGGAAGGCCAUAAAUAAAAGUCUCUUCGUUUUAAGUGAAGUCAUUUCCAAGUUAUCCAAAAGAGCUCAAGCAAUAGCAGCAGGAGAUGAAAAAAAAAUAAAAAAAAUUCAAGAAGAUUUAGUUUUCAUACCAUGGAGAGAUUCCAAGUUGACAAGAAUUUUGAGUAAAAGUUUGGGAGGAAAUUGUCGUGCUUCUGUAAUUGUGGCUGUCCAUCCGUCGCAUUUUUAUUUGGAUACUUCCUUCUCUACUCUCCGUUUCGCAUUAAAGUGUAAGACAAUCAAGAAAAAAAUCGAAGUGAACUACCUCUCAGCAGAGCAGUCAGUUAUUAUGCAGCAAAAGGAGUUGAUAGCCAAGCUACAGAAUCAGCUGAAGCAUCUGGCAACCACCAAAAAUGUAGACAAGCAUCUCAUAGGGGGGGAGAAAAACAAUGUAAGUGCUAGAAAUCCAGAAGAUGAUGAAAAAAUAUUAGCCUUAAAACACGAACUGGAAGAAAAAGUCAAGAAAUUUCAAAAUUUUAUCCUCAAGUCUGAGUUCCAUGUGCAUCCAAAUAACUACAGAACGUUGAGAUCUAUGGAUGGUAAUACAGAGAAGUCCUUGAAGCAUUCUAUGACCAUAAGUAACAAUAUAAAAAAUGAAUACACGUGGCUUAGAUCCUUUGAUACUCAUGAAUAUGACUCCAAGUGGGAUGGGAUAGAUAAAUAUGAAGAACAAAAUGAUCAGGAAAAUAUUAAUAUCUCUAAAGCUAUGGACUACUUGAAGAAUAAACCUCCAUAUAAAUUAAAUUCUUCAGAAAUGAGUGAAGACGCUAUGUCUAAUGAACCUCAGAAAGACGAUUUGAUUUCUCUCAAUUAUUACAAUGAAUUGGAAGAGUUGGAACGGUUGGAGAAGAAUGAGUUAAGUAGGAGGAAGAGGAGGGAGAAGGGAGAUGUCGCCACGAGCAAUACUUCUGCCAAUAGGGUGUAUAGAGAGCUCAGCAAGUUAAGUACCAUGGAAUAUGCCAACCUGGUGGAUGAAGAGGAGAAGGGGGAAGCUGGAAAGGGGAAAAAGGCCAAGAAGAAGAAGGGGAAAAAAGCGAACAACGCGGAGGCUCCCAGUAGGGAGGCGGCAGAGUCGGGGAAGGGGAAGGACAAGGAGAAGGAGAGGGAUAAGAAUAAGGACAAGGAGAAGGAGAAGAAUAAGGACAAGGAUAAGGCCAAGGACAAGGUCAAGGACAAAGAUAAGCCGAAGGGUAGAGGGAACAAAGUUGGGACAAACCACACGAGGAAGAAGAAAACGGUCAAUGAUGGGAAGCUCAAAAGGGGGUCCUCUGGGAAAGCGGCUGGCGCGCAAAAGGGGGGCAGCGAAGAAAAUGGCAGGAGCGAGGGGAGUGAACUCACUGAGGGGAGCGACCUGGACGACAACCGAGAGGAAAUUCAGCAAACCGGGCGCGAUUCGAAUCAGCAAACCGGGCGCGAUUCAGAUCAGCAAAGCAGGCGCGAUUCAGAUCAGCAAAGCAGGCGCGAUUCAGAUCAGCAAAGCAGGCGCGAUUCAAAUCAGCAAACCGGGCGCGAUCCAAAUCAGCAGACCAACCGCUAUUCAAACCGACGGACCAGCCGCGACUCAAAUCGGCAGACCAGCCAGGAGGACGACGACUUGCGCAAGCGGGAGGCCAAGUGGGAGGGCGGAGCCGACCUGGUGAGACGGGCGUCCUCCGUGAGCUUCGCCCAACCGAGGGAGCAAGACGACAACGAAAAAAGGACGUCCAUCAUCUCCAACUUGAAGGAAAAAAUUGAAGAAGACCUGAAAAAGAAAAAAAAGAUCAUCAGCAGAAAUGUUGAGCUGAACAAGCAAAUCAAAUUUAUUAUGAAACUUAUGCAGAAGGUCGGCCUGUCGACCAUCCUAACAGGAACCGUUCCUCCAGGAAGGAACAUAGAAAAUGUGUUGCAGCUGCAAGAAAAUUUGAGAGAAGAUUUGAAGUUAUGCGACACGAAGAAGUCGAUGGAGUUGAUAAAUGGAAAGAAGGGCAAUGGCCCAAUUACAGGCUCAGUGUCAGCCGCCAUUUGUACCAAUGGAGAGAAGGACGAUUCGGCUGCAAAGCGUCGUCAUCUAAGUGACCACGCCGUAGAAAUGGUGGAGGGGGAGGAAGAGCUGCUAAGUGGCGCAUUCGACGACAACGAAGAUGAAGCGGGGUACAAUGAAUCCAUAUCACACGUUUUCAUAAAUGAAAUGUUUUUCUCGUUCGUCCUGAGGAUUCAACAGAGGAAUGACCCAAAUGGGGAAGAAUUAAAAAGUGUAGAAGAGAUACUAAAGAGUGAAGAAAAACCAUAUGAUGUGUCGAAGAAGGCACUGGAAGAUAUACUCGGAAGCACCAUCGCAAAUAAGGUGGAUGAGCAUGAGGAGGGGAAUUCAACAAAGAAUAUAAAAGAUGAAAAGAACAGCAAGACGAUCGACUCCAUUCUAGCCAUGCUUACGCCAUGGGAACAGAAAAUAUUGGCACUACUAUACGAACAACAAAAAAUGAGACAAACUGUCCAGAAGAUCAAGGAGAAAUUUUCACAGCGAAUUCAAAAUAUUAAUAUUUUCAUUAAAAAAAUAUUAACUGAUAAGGUAGAAGUGGAGAAACAUUUCAAUCGAAUUAUCAAGGUGACAGAAAGUUACAAAAAUGAUCUGCUGAAGACGGGGGAUGUAGAUUCUAACUUCAAGUUUGCAGGGUUGAUGAAAAAGCUGGAAGAACUGUCCAUAUCUCUUGCAGAAAAAACCAGGGACUUCAAUGUCUUGGCUGAAUUUCACCUAAACUUGAGGAAACAAAUGGAGAAGAAGGAUUCGCUAAUUAAGGAGCUCCGGGAAGAGAACAAGCUGUUUUAUUUGGUCCCGAAGUAUAAUGAGCUGCUACAGGAGUUAAGUGCACAGGAUGAACAAAAGAGUGAGGCCGUCAAGGAACUGAAGAGAGAGUUCCUUCUCAUGUAUGGACGAUUAAUGCUCUCCAGAAAGAGACUACAAGAAAAGGAAGUAAUGGAAAAUGACAUGCGAAACUUGAAUAAAAAAAUUUACACCGAGUUGGUAGAGUCCAUAGCCAUCAUCAAAAAUCUGGAGUCGCAAAAUAGGUUCUUAGAAUUUAAGUUAAGCAUGGAGAAUAAGAAAAAGGUGGAGAAGGUGAAGAAGCUGAUGGGGGAGACGGAGAUGCUCAAUAAGAUUGUAGGCGAGAUGGAGAAAAUUCUCCAGGAGGCCAACAUCGACGCGAGCGAGGUGAAGAAUGAAAUUAUGGCUAGCUACAAUAAUGGAAACCUCUCGAUGGGCGACGUGCACAGUGAGGACGAGGGGGAGCAGCGCGAGAAGAGGAAGGAAUCGGGGGCGAAAAGGAAGAAGCGGAAGGAGAAGGAGAAGGAAAAGGAAAAGGGGAAGGAAAAGGAAAAGAAAAAGGGAACGGAAAAGGGAAGCAAAAAGGGGACGGAACAGGGCAGCAAAAAGGGAACGGAACAGGGCAGCAAAAAGGGAGGCAGAAUUCCCCGCAGAGUUGACGCCAACGAUGAGGGCCCAAGUGAGACCCAAAAUGAUGCCGAAAGGGACUCUAGGAAAAAAAACGCGCUUCAAGAAAUUGCACCCCUGGAAAUUGCGUCCAAGGGCAAAACCCCCCCGAAAAGACAACAAAAAAAGGAGGCAACUGUCAAUCGCGCCUAUUCCGCAGAAAAAAUCAUCAAAAAAAGUGUGAGCAGGAUAGACACCAAUUUGUCCCUCAAGAGGACUGGCGUGAAAAAAGGGACCUCUCGGGAUAGAGGCGGUUUAAACGGUUUAAGGGGUGUAAGUCGUUUGCGCGAAAGUGGGAAAGACGGCCCACUGGAAAAAAACGCCAAACUCGAAAUUAACAAGAAAAGUGUGAACAAGGUUAAAAAAAAAGUGGGCACCGACUUGGGGGAUGCAGGUACGUCUGAGAACCUUAAGUCCAAAAAUAGCAUUGCCAAAAAAACGGGGAAAAAAAAGAUACAAAAUAGCGAUUUAGAAGAAGUGAAACCUUUGGGCGACUUAAACCCAAGCAACAGCGUCGAAAAGAAGAAGAAGAAGAAGAAGAAGAAAAAAAAAGUUGUUAGGGGGAAAAAAAGAAACCUGUUAAAAUACUUAAACAAAGGGGGCAGCAGCAGUGAUAGGGAAAAUAUCGAAACGGUGCUCUCCGACGAAAAUGAAUUUCAGGACUACAAAAAUGGUAGCUCCACGACGGACUGCGAAGCGAACGAAAUGCGCAACAUACUGAACCAGGAAAUUGAGAAGAAAAAGAAAAUAAGCAAGUGA